AUGGAACUUAUAGCACAAUUUGAUCCAUUUCUAAUGGGCUACUUGAAAAAAUUUGGCAGUCUUGGAAGUGGCAAGCAGUCAUACUUGUCACCUACCAUCUACGAAGAAAUUCUUCUCUUGAUGGCAAAAUAUGUCAAGAAUUAUAUUGUUGCAGAACUUAAAUCUGCCAAGUAUUUCUCUGUUUCUGUAGAUUCAACACCAGACCAGGCUCAUGUUGACCAGCUAACAGUUAUUGUGCAUUAUGUUAUUCCUGGCAAGUCAAUAGAAAGGUUUUUAACUUUCCUGCAAGCUGGUUCCCACAAAGCAGAAGUACUGGUUGCAUCUCUCUUAGAAUUCCUAAAAAAAGAGGGUAUACAUUUUGAAGAUUGUAGGGGACAGUCCUAUGACAAUGCCAGUAAAAUGUCCAGUCAUUAUACAGGAAUGCAAGCCAGAUUCAAAUAA